UAAGUUUGUAUGCAUGCGCGAGUGAUUUUAGUUUGUAUAUUUUACAAAGAACUUAAGAUAUUUUUAAUAUAAUUGCAAGUGACUGAUCUGUCAAGUAGAAAAACCUGUGUUAGUGUGUUCAAGCCUUCAUUCCCUAUAUAGUACGAACAUAUUAUUUUUCUAUAUUUAAGAUACCUAGUGAAAAGAAAUGAAGUGGAUUAGUUUAAUCUUGGCAGCAUUCGUUGCCGCAGUAACUGCAGAUACAGCUUUGGAAGAGUUUGCCGCUGGCAAUCGUUUGUUCACAGCCAGACUGUACAACGAAGUACUAAAGAAUAACCAUGAUGCGAACUUUGUAUUCAGUCCGCUGUCUAUAGAAAUAAUUUUGGCACUGACUCAAGCCGGGGCCAAGGGUAAAACAGCAGAAGAAUUUACCACUGCUUUGAACCUUCCCAGUACGCAACAGAAGACACAAGAAGCAUUAAAACAAUUUUUACCAACUCUGAAAUCCAACACGAACGAUUUGAAGUUAAGUUCUGCCAAUAAACUGUUCUUGGGAGAAGCUUUCGAGAUUCUGGAAAGUUUCAAACAACUGGCAACAUCGGUGUUUGAAGCUGGAGCGGAGAACAUAGAUUUUUCAAAGAAUCAGGCUGCUGCAGAAUCGAUCAAUAAAUGGGUAGAAUCUCAAACGAAUAACAAAAUCCAGAAUUUGAUUAAUCCAGACUCUUUAUCCGCUGCUACAAGACUAGUUUUAGUGAACGCAUUGUAUUUUAAAGGUAAAUGGUCAACUCCUUUCGAAGACUACCUGACCAGAAAAGAAAAAUUCUUCGUCACUAAGACUAACUCCAAAGAAGUUGACAUGAUGCACGUUGAAGACACUUUCAGAUACUACGAAUGUACAAAACGCAAUGCCAAGUUCCUUGAACUGCCCUAUGCCGGCGAAAACGUUACCAUGACCAUAGUCUUGCCCAACGAAGUUGAAGGUCUGACAGCUCUGGAAAGCAACGUGGAAUCACUUUUGACACCUCCGCCGUACAACUACGAACGCGUUGCAGUCAGCCUGCCAAAAUGGUUGGUCGAAACCAAAUUGGAGCUCAAUCAAAUUUUAGAAAACUUGGGCUUGAAGACAGCCUUCACUGGCGAUGCCGACUUUAGCAACCUUUCCAAAGAAGCCUUACAGAUCAGCCAGGUUGUCCAAAAGGCAUUUAUCAAUGUAACUGAGUCUGGAACAGAAGCCGCAGCUGCCACAGCCGCUAAAAUACACCAACCAUGCAAUUUUCUCCCUCCAAAUGGCGUUUUUUAUGCCAGCCAUGGAUUUUUGUACUAUAUUCAGUACAAUAGAAAAAUCACUUUGAUGGUUGGGCGACUACAAACUUUUGACGAUGUAUAUGACAAGUUUUUAAAUAGUCUUAUACAAUAAAAUUUUGACAGCCGAAUCAUUACCCCCGCCUGCAGAUUACAAAUUCGAAGCCGAUCAUCCGUAUUUGUACUACGUCCAAGUAGGAAAUGUAGUAGCUUUUGUAGGUAAAAUACAAAAUGGAUGUUAAAUUUAAACAAGUAAUACUACUUAGGUAUUAUUAAUUCGCUUAAAAUUUUUAAUUUGCUUUAAAACUAACAUAAAAUUUUGA